AUAUCGUUAAACGGAAAAAAACAACUUUCAGCGGUUAGCUAAAUUUUCAUCAAUUUGACGACAAAAACGUCAAAAUAUGUCUGAAAAAGUGUUAAAAUGUGUAGCAAAGCCUACAAAUUUGCGUGUAGUCAAAUCAGAUCUCAACUUAUUGAAUAACAGCUCGUGCGGAAACGAAAACGAUUUAUUACUGAAGAGCGGAAUAAAAAACAUAAUCUCGCCAAUAAAUAAUCUUCGAGGAAAGUUAUCUCAUGGAAAAGCCUUUGAAAUGUUGAACAACUCUCUAAUAGACGUUGACUUGGGAGUAUCUGUGAUGAAAAAUGAUUCGCAACUCGACGUGAGUCAAUUAGCAGAUUGCAUUGUAUCGAAUGCUAUUCACAUUCCGAGAUGUUUGUAUUGCCCCUUUUGUGCUGUCGAAUACAUGUUUGAAUUCAGUUUAAAAGACCAUCUAAAGAAAGUGCACAUGAACGAAAUAAUGGAGAUUGCAUCGAAGAAAAAAUCUGUUACUGAUAUUUACGAUAUUCAUACUUGUCCGUAUUGUACAGCUGUUUUCUAUCAUUUUGUCUUAAUACCCGUGCAUUUGGCGCAACAUCACAGUCCAGGUGUUCUACAAAAAUGGCAAGAAUCCGAAGGAAAUAUGACAGAAUGGAAAAGCCGCAAAAACGAAUGCCCGAGUGUCGAGUUAAUAGCUUGUUCUCCCGGAAUGAGUGAUCUUUUGAAGAGUUUAGAUAUCAGCGGUAAAGAGGGAAAGAAAGAACAACAAACACAGCCACAGCUCAAAUCUAUCUUAAAACGAAAGACAAAUAUGUCAGGUCGAAUUAUUUUUUCGCCAUCAAGUGCUUCUUUACGUCGUAUAGGAGACGAUCAUUCAAAACGAAAUAUGUCAGCAAGGCGUGAAUUGCGGUUUGAUUUACCUGCAAACGUUGAGCAUAAUUAUACACUUGAGCCAAGUGAUCCUCUUUAUAGACUUCGCGAGAGCCCAACACCAAAGAAACGACAAUGGAAAAAACUCUUUUCUUCAUCUUCAAGUACGCCAAUGAACAAGAACCAAAAGUCUCAUAGAAUACAGAAAAAGAAUUCAAAGAACUCAUCUUCGAUGAUCACGAGCACUCCCAUCAGUUUUCUUGAUGCGACAGAUUUUGUUCCAUUGCAAUCAUUAAAAUUAAAAGAAACAAAGAAGAAAAAUCGAUUUUGGCAACGAAUUUUUCGAAAAAAAGUCGUUGUUGACCAUCCAUCGAAAGACACGUCGUUUCUGCCGUCAUUUUAUGCAUCAGAAAAAUAUAAAUGUGCAGUUUGCAAGUCAAAGUUUGAGGAUAAUGCUGAGCUUAGAUGUCAUUUGAGAGAAAAGCAUUGGAGAGUAUUAGCUCCAUUUCGUGCACAAUACGAAUGCGGACAGUGCCUAAAGACGUUUUAUAGAAAUAAUCGGUUAAUUUAUCACUGUCAUUAUCAUCACACACCGCAAAAACACAGAUCAAGUUUAUAAAUGCAAACGUUGAAUUAGAAUGUAACAAAAAAACCAACUUUAUUUACUCAACAUUUAAUUUAUUGAUACUAACGAACUUUUUUGGUAAUCAAAAUUUUGGGUUAUUAAAAAUUUGCAUCAUAAUACUUCUAUUUAUGAGUUAAAUGCAUUAGAAGUAUUUUUUUGGCUAAAUAAGACGAACUUUACAAGUUUCAACCAUUAUCAGUAUUUUAACUUUAAUAAC